AAAACAAGAAGCUGCUAGGAUGGCUAUUGUUAAAUGGUGGUAUGGUGCUAAUGUGCCUUUCCAUGUUGCACGAUCAAAAUACUAUUUGCCAAUGUGGGAUGCUAUCACAUCUAUGGGACCAGGUUUCAAGGGACCAAGUUAUCAUGACUUGAGGGGUCCUCUCUUAAAAUGUGCAGUAAAGGAGGUUAAUGAAUGGCUUUUAUCCUUGAAGUCAACAUGGAGUACUAAUGGUUGUUCAAUUCUGGCUAAUGGAUGGACAAAUCAAAGACAACAACCAAUAAUCAAUUUCCUUGUUUAUUGUCCUAGAGGAAGUAUGUUUUUGAAGUCCAUUGACACUUUUGGUUUGACAAAUGAUGCUGAAACAUUGGAGAGGAUGUUUGAUGAAGUGGUGAAAGAAGUAGGAGUGGAGAAUGUUGUGCAAUUUAUAACAGACAAUGAUGCCUCAUACAAAGCUGCUAGGAAAAGGUUGGAAGCAAAGUACAGCACAUGUUUUUGGUCUCCUUGUGCUGCCCAUUGUAUUGACUUGAUGUUAGAAAAUUUUUCUGAUGUAAGAUACUUUCCUGUGAUUGAUACUACUAUAGGAAAGGCAAGAAAAGUCACAAAGUUCAUAUAUAAUCAUUCAUGGGUGCUAGCAUUAAUGAGGAGAGACUACACAAAUGGGAGAGAUUUGUGUCGUCCUACUGUUACGAGACUUGCUACUCACUUUUUGAGCAUCCAAUGUUUGUUGAAAUUUAAGAAGGAACUUAGACAAAUGCUUACAAGUGAUGCAUGGGUUGGUUCUAGUUGUCAAAAUCAGUGAACCUUUGGUGAAAGUGCCUCAACUUGUGGAUAAUGAAAAGAAGCCAAGCAUGGGCUACUUGUAUGAGGCAAUUGAUAAGGCAAAGGAGACAAUAAAAAAGAAUUUUAAUA